UGUCAUACAGAAUAUUGCGGACAGUCGACCAAAAGUGCGUUACCUGAUAGCGAAGGAUGACACUCAAACCACUCUGGAAGAAAUAGUCAAGGCCAUCAGUGAAAAACUAGGGAAAGGUAAAGUGAAAAACAUCACAAAAGAGGAGGCUCUUCUCAGCAAAGAUAUUGAGCAGUCAGAUUUUGACCAGCUUCUGGUGAACCUGAGGAUGGAUGCUGUGUUUGUGAAGGAGAACAUGAGGAUUAUGUGGGUGUCAGAGGCUGGAAUGGUGGAGAAUAUUGACCAGAUCAUCAAAGAGUACAAAGACUCAAGGAAGCUCCAGCCUCUUAGAAUUUGCAUUCUGGGACCACCUGCCUCUGGUAAAACAACUGUUUGCCAGAAACUAUGUGAAUUCUAUAAACUCCACCACAUCAAAAUCAAGGAUGUCAUUGAUGAAGCCAUGGAGGAGCUGCAAACACUGUCCCGGCGAGCGGAUUCUGAGGACCAGGAAGAUGAUGAUGGGAAGGCACAGGACGCCCAGGAGCUCCUUAAUGAAAUAGAACAAUCCAAAAACCAGGAAACAGGAAAAAUUGAAGAUUCCCAUGUUAUUAAGUUCUUCAGAGACAAACUGCAUUCAAAGCCCUGUCAAAACCAGGGUUUCAUUCUGGAUGGAUUCCCCAAAACCAUAGAACAAGCCAAUGAUCUGUUUGCCACUGAAGAAGAGGAUGAUGCGGAGGAAUCAGCUGCUACAAAGUUUGAUAAAACAAUCAUGCCGGAUUAUGUAUUUUGUUUGGAGGCCAAUGACGAAUUCCUACGACAGCGUGUGAUGAACCUACCAGAGAGCGUGGUCCACGGAACCCACAAUGAUGAGGAGGGGCUGAUGAAGAGACUUGAGUUGUACCGCAGCCUAAAUAAUGAUGAGGAGACUGUCCUCAACUACUUUGAUGAGAAGGAAUUCCACCCUGAAAAAAUAGAUGUCACAAAGGAUGAUUCUCCCAUGAUGAGAGACACAGUGGAAAAAAUCAAGAAAACCAUUGGAGAACCUAGAAACUAUGGUCCCACCCCUGAGGAGCUUGAGGAGAUGAGGAGACAAGAGGAGGAGGCUCGCCUGAGGAAGGAGAUGGAGGAGAAGCAGGAGAAGGAGAGACAGGAAGUUGAGGAGGCAGCCCUCCGUAAACAGAGGCAGGAGGAGUGGACACAGCGUUUGAAUGAAGUAAAGAGAGAAGAAUUUGAGCUGUUGGAGGCCCAGUCCAUUCCACUGAGGAACUACCUAAUGAAGCACGUGAUGCCAACUCUCACCCAAGGCCUUAUUGACUGCUGCAAAACUCGACCUGAUGACCCCAUUGAUUACAUUGCAGAAUUCCUUUUCCAGAACAACCCCCAGGUAGAUUGAGUACCUGCAUCCUGUGAAGCCAUUAUUGUGUUACAGAGUAAAUGGACAUUAUUUCUGUGAUAAGUCAUCUGUUGCAUGGUCUGCACUAUGACUUGUGUUAAUUGUUACAUUAUGUACAACUAUUUCUAUUGAGAUUGUAAA